AUGGAAAAGCUUGAUUGCUUGAAGAGAAUGCUGGUUAAACGACUGUUCGGCAACUUCAGGCCGAUGGACUGGCAUAAAGAACAACUUUACUCACAACUUAUGUUGUACCGGCGGAUGACACGUGGAGAACAUCAACAUCUUGCCCGGUCUUCUGAAGAUGUUACAGAAAACAGUCUUUGCUUCCUCGGUCACAUUACGAGCAGACCGUCUGAUCAUAUUGUCCAAGUUGUCGUGAGCAUGGUCUCAGACAUUAAAUGGAAAAGGCGCUCUGGUACUGAGGGAAAAUCUCGGAGAGAUGUUGUAAAGGAAAAGCUGAGCACACUUGGCGUUGACAGGCAGUUAGUCGAGACGUAA